AUGCCCGCUCCUUCCACCACCCUCUUGAUUGAGGGAUCUUUCUCCGAACUCGCCGAGGAAUUUGCUGCCUACCUCGACGCCCUCACCAAGCCCGACGACACUACCAUCCAGACCGAGGUCGCCCCGCUGCUGCAACCCCUCCACGAGCAGGAGCAAAAUGAUACCCAGAGUGAUCAGAGCAAGCGUGAUGCCGUGCUGAAGAAGUUGGUCUCGGCUGCCGAGGUUUUGAACACGGCGCCCGAGAAGGAAAUUACGCCCGCGUACAACCUCCUCAUCCAUCUCGUCCAGCACGCCUCCGACCCUGACAUGUUCCUCUCCCGAAUCUGCUCAUAUCUCACCAAGCCGGUCACCUCAUCUCCUCAGUUCGGCGCCUCUCUAUCUAUCGCCAUCUUGUCCACGAUCUUCAACACACUUGCCCCCUCCGACUCGAGCAAAUUCCACGUUCUCCUAGCCGUUGUCGCCGUCAUCCGCCAGUCUGGCUCCGGCGCUGCUUUCGACGCUCUAAAGCCCCAGUUGACCGCACAAAUCCCUAACUGGCGCACUGCCUGGGAACUGGACGACGAGGAGGCCCGCCGUCUGCACUUGGCCAUCGCCGACGCUGCUCAGGCUGCUGGUGACCUUGACUGGGCCCAAACCCACGUUGUUGAGGCUCUCCAGACCAUCCCCCCCGCCGAAGCCUCCACCCCUGCUGCCCGGGACUUGGCCGUUCGUGCCCUGACCUCGGCCCUCACCCACCCGGCUGUCUUCGACUUCACCCCAUUGACCGCCGCCGACGCCGUUCAGUCUUUGCGGUCCAGCGAUGCGCCCCUCUUUGAGCUCCUCGAGAUAUUCACCGCUGACACCCUCGAUGCCUACGAGGAUUUCAUUUCUACCACCCCUGUCGCAAACAUCCUUCCUGACAACACCCUAACCCCCCACGCCGACGCCCUGCAGACUAAGAUCCGUCUGCUCACCCUGGCCUCCUUGGCCGCCACCGCAACAACCACAACGGGUGCAUCUGCACGUUCUCUGUCAUAUGAGACAAUUGCCUCUGCACUCCGCGUGCCGCAAGAGGAAGUCGAGAAGUGGGUUAUUGACACCAUCCGUGCCGGUCUCGUUGAGGGCAAGCUAUCGCAAUUGAAGUCUGAGUUCUUGGUCCACCGCGCUACCUACCGCGUAUUUGGCGAGAAGCAAUGGGCCGAGGUGCAGGGUCGUCUUAUGGUUUGGCGACGAAGCCUGGAGAAUGUUCUCGGGGUCAUCCGUAGCGAGCGGGAGCGAUUUGUACGGGAGGCUGCGCAGCAGGCGGCUGCUGCGGCUGCAGAGGGUGAGAAGGCCGAGAAGGGCACCAAGACUCUUCCUGAGCGUCGACGUGCCCCUCAAGAGGUGGCUGCUGCGGCCGAGUAA